AUGGCCGACGGCAUCGACCCCUCCCCUAUGCGCACUCGCCGCGCGCGUCGCAACGCCGGUGAAGCCGAUGACGAGCUUUACUACCACUGCGCCAACUGCGGAGGCACCAUGAAGCACGCCUGGCGGACAAAUUCGGCAUAUGAUCCAACGCUGUGUAAUGGGUGUGCGGAGAAAGCGUUGAGGGAGAGUCCUGACUUUGUUGUUGAGCAGUAUGGUGCUGGACGGGCGAAGCGUCGCAAGGUCUCGAAAGCUGUCACCGACGACGAUGAUGGUGAGGAGGGCUCUGAGGCAGAAUUGGGGCCAAAUGCGAGGGAGGCGACGACUUCUACUGAAGAGGAUGCGCCAGCAUUGAGACUGGGCAAUCGUCAAUGGACGCCAGCUACAGAGUCCUCCCGAGGCAGAACGACCGAGCCUAAAGAUGACGAUGACGAGAGCGAGCCUACUCUCACACCAGGAACCGCUCUCCAACGCUUCAUCCAACCCAUUCGCCAACCUUCCAACAACCUCACUUCGCCCGGCACAUUCAGUGACUCUGCGGCAUUCCAACUCCACGCCGAGAAUCGCGUUGCUCGCGUCUCGAGCGAUCCCUUCCUCCGUCAGGAGGCCUCUGCUGCGAACUUCACAAGCCCCGACCGUACGUUCAACGACACCGCAGCCCUCCAACUGCAGCACGAGAACCAGAAUGCCCGGGAGGACUCUGUCUCAGCAAUGACAGACCGCUCUCAGUCCCAAUCAGGAACACCGGCCUCAAUACGCCUACCCAGUUCGACGUUGCCACACCGCACCAACAGUGCUAGCUUCACUCCCGUCAACUUACCCACGAACCGCCACCCAUUCGCCAAUCCUCCUGUUCUGGCUCACGGCAAUUCUGCUGCAGAGGCCUCCCCGGAUAUCUCAACCCAAAUCGCCGAGCUUUUCAACCAGCACACGGCACACCUCAACGCCCGGAACGUCACACUACAACGCCAGAUCCGAGAAUUGCAGACCCAAAACGCCAGACUAGAAGCAGAGAACGAGACGGCAAAGGAGCGAGAGGAGGAGUUUGACGCAUUGGUGGAGGAGCUGAAGGUUUUGCGAGAACGGAUCCAAGGGUUCGAGGCGUGGCGAGAUAGGGGUGGUAGCAUUUGA